UCCGCCCGCGGGGGAGGUGGCGGCUGGGGGCGGGACUCCCGCAAUGCACCUCGCGGCGCCGCCGGGCCGCCCCGCCGGCACGUGAUCCGCGCGCCGGGACGAGCCGGCCGCUUCCGCGGGGUCCGCGCGCGCUCCGGGGGCGGGGCCUCCCUCAGACAUUAGGCUAGAUGCAGUAAACUGGAAGAAAUGGAAGAAAGGAAGAUCAAGAGGAGGAGCCCCAAAUCGUCCUCCAGUCACUCUGCUCAGGUUGCUAACUCCAAGAAAAGCUCAGUGCCAGUCAGUAAAAGUACAGCCUUUUCCAACCCUGCCCCACAGCCUGCCGUACAAAAACCAAAGUUAAAACGUGUAAUCAAAGAGAAAGCCAAACCUCCAGGAGGUGAAGCAAAAGGGGCACAGGCAGCACCAAUCCAGCAUUCUUUUCUCACAGAUGUAUCAGAUGUCCAGGAAAUGGAAAGGGGACUUCUCAGUCUCUUGAAUGACUUCCACUCUGGCAAACUUCAGGCAUUUGGAAAUGAAUGUUCCAUAGAGCAGAUGGAGCACGUGCGGAGUAUGCAGGAGAAACUCGCUCGCCUCAAUCUGGAGCUCUAUGGGGAGAUGGAAGAACUCCCUGAAGAUAAAAGAAAACUAGCCAGUGAUUCCAACCUGGACAGACUGCUGUCAGAUCUAGAAGAACUAAAUUCAUCUAUCCAAAAGCUACAUUUAGCCGAUGCUCAAGAUAUUCCAAAUGGUACUACAGGCUGAUAGAGAAAUCUUUGUCAGUCUGGAUUCUCCAGCUUUCCUUUUGUUUUUCUGGACAAUGGAAUCAAGAAGAGUUGUGGUUUUGUGUUGUUUUUUAAUUUUACACAACAAAGAAUCAAAGUGCAAAUUCAGGUGUUUAUUUUGCACAUUCCUCUGAGCACUGCAUUAUGUCAGGGCUCAGUACCUAGUGUUGUAGUUAAUUGUGAUGCUGUGCUUUUUAUUAUUGCCUUACUUAACAGAAAAAUUGGAGAAACUUGGGAAUAUAUUUCUUCAGUGUUCAUAUGGUUGCAAGUGGUACAUGUAUAUAAGUUCAUUGGCAUUUCUCCAGUUUUUAUGAAGGUAGUAGUAAUGUUGCCUUUCUGAUCAUUAUACAGACAAUCUGCUCACUAUCUCUUUAGUGUUUUGUUGAUUGGUGAUGCCACAGAUAAUUUAUUGUUAAUAAAGUGAGAAGUUUUAAAUAUAUGAUGUUUCAUUUGCAGAAGCUGCUAUUGAUUUGGCUGUGUUAGGAAGAUGAGUUUUAGCAGUGUCCAAAUGUUUGCAGAGUUCAUGUGUUUCCAUACUAUGAAUAAUUAUAAAAUCUCACCAAAUUAGAAUUAGGAUGCAUGCUACAUAAAUUAAAUAUUGUGAAAAUACAAAACUGGGUAAAUAGGUACUGUUCAAUAAAUCCAGAAUAAUCAAUUUUGUAGUUACUCUGAUGUUGUAAAUAGGCUUCUAUUAAUUGGCAUCAUCUUUCUGUGCACAGCCAGAAGAAAAAAAAUCUGUAUUAGUAUAUAAUCAGGCUGGUUUUAGAUCAAAAAUUUCUGUCUUGGUCCAUCAAACCAUGCCUUUUGUUCUAGAUUUAUUUUAUAUUCAGUUUUUAGGUAAUACAUUCAGAUUCCACACUAAUUUUACACUUACUGAACAAGGAAUGGAAUCUUUAUCCUUCUACCUGAGUGCAGAGCUUUCAUCAGCCCAGAAUGGGCACAUGGCCAGGGAAUAGAAGAUUCCUUUUGAUCAGCAUCUUUGGAGAAGAGGCUCCUUCAGCCACAAGAUGUAGUUUUGGACUGUGCAGCACCAAGCCUGCAGCAUACUGGGGACAGAAGGAUCCUUUAACCACCACUGAGUGCUCUGGCUACAGAGUCAGCCCCAAAUUCCCUAAUUCCCUGCCUCACCUAUCAUGCAAAUCUCCCUGAUUUACAAACCAGUAGGGAUCCCAGUGGUUGUCCCCUCAGGUUGUUCAUGUUCUUUAUCUCCUUCAUUGCCAAGAUUCUCUAGGAGUUUGUGCGCUGGGAGAUGUACCUGGGAGUCCCUGCCUGCAGCUGGGCACGUACCUGUGAUGUUGUGAAAUCCAAAGUCAGCCUAAGAGAACUACAAUACAACAAGCUUCUCACAGAGUGAAGCCAGGGUUGAUGUUUGUUCUCCACACACACACACCCCUCUGACCAAUAAUUGGGCAAUUACCAUUUCUGCACAGCACCUUCUCGCAUCAGCACUGUGCUCUUGUUUCUGGGCACACUUCUGAACGACAAGCAGAAAAGUAGCAUCUUUUAUCCUCAUGCCUCAUACCAGGUGUGGCAGAAGUCACUAGUAGAGCCCGAGUUACACAAACAAAAUUGUAUUCUUGCAGUUCAUUUGGAUGCAGGAGCAGAGCUCUGUGCUCACUAGCAGCCUCUUGCCAGCAAGUGCAGUGUAUCGCAGCAUUGGAACGCACACUCGUCCCAAGCCACACUUUUAAUCUCAGAGUUUAGAUAUUCUGUACUAGAGACAGCUCUUCUCCAUUUUUGGGGUCUGACAUCAAACUGCUUAGGCUUACUAUGUCAAACACAUUUCAAAUCACUUACAGUCAUGUUGGAUGUUUGAUCUUGUUUCUGUAGCAAUUUAUGCAAGGACAGAGGGUAUAAUUUGAGAUACAGACAUAAACUAAUACCUUUCUCAAGCAGCUGUUUAGAAUUAUACAAGAAUUAGCCCCUUUUUCUUCAAUUGGUUUAAGCCUGUGGGCAACUACAAGUCACAAAGAAUGCAUUAAUUGCAAAUAAUUGAGAAAUUAAGAAAUUCUUUUUCCCUUACCUCCUCCUGGAUACAACUUUGUGUCUUUGACACAGUCCAUUAAUGGUUGGUGUUUAUUAACUUCUGGAUUCAUACAAGAAAAUUUUGUAGCAAGACUUUUGAGAUACUGAACUCUUUUAUGUGGUAAUGAGCUAAUCACAUUUCUGGGCUCCUGCAGGAAAAGAAAAAAAAUCUACUGUAACAUAUUUUGGAAAGUCUUUGUAAUUAGAAAAGUAUGUAAGUGGCUGCAGAAAAUGAGCUCAUUUUCUAUUACGUUGCUGGCUGAAAAGUUGUUUAUGGAGAUUAAAGUGUAUUAACAUUAAAUGUUUAAUGUAUUUACCAGUGUGAGUUUAGGCCAGUGCUGUGGUUUAAAAACUCACACUGAUAAAUGGGUUUGGUGUUUGGAAGAAGGUACUCUUUGCUGCAUCACUCUGGGAAAUCUGGGGCACAAGUUACAUUCUCCUCUAUAUUUCCAGCUGAAGGCAACAACACUGAAAGAAACAGAUGGGCUGAGUCUCUUAGUGCAUGGCAUCAUUAUGGUGUCACUGCCAGAAUUUUGGGGUUUUUCACAAUGCAAUUGCCUAUGCAGCACCAGGCCUGCUGCAUCCCCUGAUGGGAUUCAUCCUUCUCAGUGAGGGAGUAGAGUCUUUGCUCAGGAAGUAGCAGGGCUCACUGGCAGAGCUUUACAAUAGAUGUAGAGGGGGACUGGGACAGUACCAGGCUUGUUGCUGGCAAGACAUGGGAUAAGAUGCAGAGGUCAGAGGGACAGGGUGGUGGCAAAGGUCCUCUGAUGCUCUCAACUGUGCUGGUCCCACUGGAGCACACCUGCAAUCCCAGGGACUCAUCUGGUAGCAGAAGCCAACAGGAAAACACCAAGGAGGAAACAUGUCAAAGAAAUGAAGCAGUAUUCCUUUGGGGAAGAUUGAAUUUGCAAUGAGACCAGACAUUGCAGAUUUCUGAAUCCACACACUGAAAUAAAGCUUUACAAAGAGACUUGUGGCACACAUCCACAAGAGCUGUACAUCUCUCUCUCCUAAGUAAAAAAAAAAAAAACCAAAAAAAAAAAAAAAAAACCAAAAAAAAAAAAAUCCUGAAAACCUUAUGUUUUUAGUAGUUGUUAUAUAUAAAUUUUAAUUCUUAAAAAUUAGUCAUUGUAAUAGACCAUAAUUUUCCCACUAUUUAGAAACAGUAAGAUUAAUAUGAGACCUCCAACUUAAGCUCUUUAAUCAUAUUAAGCCAACAAAAACCAGAACAUGAAAUAACCAAGAACAAUUCCCAACAAACUGAGAGGCUGGGACCAGCCUGAAUGAAUGAGUAGUUUGCAAAUUAUCUGGUCACCCUGAUCAAUGCAAUAUUGCAGAAUCAAGCUGAAAUACUACAACAGAUACACUCAUAACAGUUAAGCAAGUGCUAAUACAAGAAAUAUUAUACAGAACUCUUAAAAAUUGCAAUGCAUGUGUGAAGGAAAAUAAGUGUAUGUUAGAACAAAAAUCUGUGCCGUCUUCAUUAAAAUUUUAAACCCAAAAUCCUACCUUACAAUCCAAAUUACAUCUACUUUCAAUUUUAGACAGUACUCACUUUGGAUUAAUUUGGAUCAAGACAGCUUUGAGCUGUGACAGUUGAAAUGCAACCUCCCUUAAUAUGUAAUAAUCCUUUCCACAAGAGAAAAAGUCAACAUGAAGAGGUAUUUGCAAAAAGGAAGUUUUAAAACCUAAAAAAAAAAUCAAUUUUCUAAAAAGCUAGAGGACAAAAGGAUAAAAAACACUGACAAAAUUUCUCUUGACAUCAAAAGUUCUGAGACACUAUCAAUUUUAGCACGUUUUUUUGGUUAGCAAAUUCACUAUGGAAGCAAUGUGGUAAAAACCAUAGAAUCUGUCAAAAUUACCAGCCUCUUAAUUUUGAAAAAAUGGCAUGUGAAUGAAUAAUUACUAUUUUUCCACAAAACAUUAUUGCUUUAAUGGUACUUUAUCCCAAAAGGCUAAAUGCAAAGUAAACCAGGGAAUAUGUGCUUUUUAGGUACCCUUCUACAGCAAAAGGACCUCCUGAUUGGUCUAUGAUCUCUCGGUUCCUUUGGAUGAGAAGGCAGGUGACCAAGUUCUUUCACAAGGGCAGUGAAAAACAAUGGAUUGAAGCUCUAGAAGAAAGGCUUGUUAUAAACUGAACCACUCUUCUUCCAAGCUUCUUAUCUUCCAUAUAACAGAAAAAAAACAAGUACCAUACUGGAGGCAUAGCACUUCUGCAUUUUCUGAUAGAAUACAAUAAAUUACAACUUCCUACAAAAUUCCUUUCAUUUUUUCCUGAAACACAGUCUGUAUUUCCAUACCUUGAUUAAAUCAAGCUUUCUAUCAGCUGAAGCUAUGCAAAAUAAGGCACAAAAGCACUUAGUAGAGUGCUGAAUUUCACAGCAUUUUCAUGAAACGCACACCUAAGUUAACAUAGGGAUUCCCAAAGUAUUUCCUUUGCCUUCUGCAGAGAAAUCAUCUAUUGCUGAAACUCCUUACUAUACACAGAUUUCUUGCUAAGUCUGACACAGCCAGUCAGGGCUGCUAGGCCUUCAGAAGCCCUUAGGUGAGUGUUCACAGCAGCUGUUGCAAUGCUUAUUCCACUUCCUGCUCCUCCAACUGUCAGGAAAAUAACUGAUUUUCAAUAUGAAAUCAAAUUAUUUUCUCAAUAUGCAACCAGUCUUUCAAACGCUAGUGUUCCUUACUUGCCUUUUGGUUGGAUACUAAAACCCACAGGCUCUUUGUAGAAGACAGUCCUGAUCCAGCGUGCAGUUUUUUACAAUGUUCCACCCCAUGGACCAUCCCCUCUUCUGUCAGUUUAAAUGCAGCCUUACUUGAGCCAAAGCAAGAAAAGCAGUCAGACCUCUGAGGUUAAGUGACAAAAGCAAGAGGCACCACUGCAGCUCUAAGGGAUUACACCUAAGAGUGUACAUGCACUGCAGAGCAUGAUGUAUGUCCCAUUUCUGUGAGCUCCUCCACAGACUGGGAAAGAAUACAGCCACACAUGGUUCAACAGCAGCAUUGCCAAAAUUUGGGCUUCCAUCAACAUACCACUGAAAGUCAGCUUAAAUUACUUUAACUAUUUAUGAUGUUUUGGUAAUUUCAUAGGCUUCUCAUAAACAAGACCCGUCAUAACAAGUAAUUUUAGCUGCUUCCAGAUUAAGUGAAUCAAUACCUGUAAGAGUGAAAGUGUCAAUACAUUCUACCAGAGAUGAAAUAGAAUUCAUCUAGCUUUCUGUAGCCCAGAAUGCUGGUGAAGUGUGACAAACGUACUAAGAGUCUUCUUAAAGCUUUGUAUUUAAGCUGUGAGAUCACAAACUUCAUGUUUCAUAGUCAGAAUACCAAAUUUUUUAGUAUUAUAACUAAACAAAGUCUGUUUUGGACAAUAAUUUAAAUGCAAGAUAUUGAAUACCUAUAUACAGUAGGCUGGAAAAAGGUACUGUAAAAUCACUUUGAAACAUACUAACAGUGCACAACCAGGUACAACUAGUAUACAAUCAGUAUAUGCUUUAGGUACAAACAAUGUACAAUCUACUCCUAAAGCAGAAACUGCACCUUUAAAACCCAUUUUGCCAAUUCAAAGAAAUAUUACUGAAAGGAAAUUACACAGUAUUCAACUUCCCCUCCUCCAUGUCCCCAAACAAAAGCAAUUAAUUCGAAGACUUCUGUGAAGUUUAUAUUUUGCUUGUGUACUAUCAGGACAACCCUAUAGGGUUUCAUUUGGUUAUUGGUAUGUAGAUAUUAUUCACAUCUUUCCUGUACAAUCCCUAGUCUGUUGUUAAGAUUAUUAAGAGAACAUAGCAUUUCAUUUUUUUGUUAUUAGAUAAUGAAGUCCUUGGUCUUCCUCUAGACAGCUGUAUGAUCAAAGAUUGGUACAUCAAUAUACAUGGCAAGACAAGCAUGCUGCAUAAGCAUGCAAAUAUAUUAAAAAUAAACAAGUUAUUUUCUCAUCUUCCCCAGAGAGUAAGAACUGCAUUGUUAUUACUCACUUAGAAGUAAUGUGCUUUUGCAACACAUUACAAUUUCAUGAAACUACAUUCCACUAGAAACUAAGACUAGAAUGAGCUGGGAGUCGGGAGACAAUGAUUUACCUUUUUUUUACCGUUUUAGGAAAAAGUGUUUAAGGCUAGGCCACCCAUAAAGUGACAUUUAGAGACAAACUGCACAGCUGAAACCAGAAGAGCAAUUCUCCACUCUGCCCUAAAUGUAGAGAAACACAGCACACCCCAUCCAUAAGGGACAGAGACAUGUCACACAAGAAACAAUGCUGCAAAUUUAUUUUCUUUAGUUUUAAGUUUUUAUAACCUCAACUUUGUUUAUCCCACAUAAGACAUUUUCAGUAAUAUGAGAUCAUCUAGUUCAUCACAAUCGCAAAGAAAAUGAGGUGCAUGUGAAGUACAAAGAAAUUGAAAAUACUUGCUUACAUUGGAUAGAUUUAGAAUACUGCUCAAACACAGCGGCUUUUCAGCUUUUUACCUUAGCAUUUUGGAAAUCUUCUCUGCAGUCCAAAGAUAGGCAAUGAACGGAGAAAAAAGCAACUCCAAAGCAGGUGGAAUGAAGAAAGAGGCACAUUAUUAGGAGACACAAAAGAAACACAAAUCAAAUGAGAAGAGACACUCUUCCAAUGACAAAGUCCAGAGAAAAACAUUCCCCAGGUGUUUCAGAAAGGCCUGCUGCUGUCCAUCCAUCCCAGCUGGGUACAUGAGUCACACUCCAUACUAUUUAGUAGUCUACAUUUAUACUUGCAAUAGAGAGAGCACCUCUUUUGUACUGUACAUAAUUCCUUGCCCCAAAGAGCUUACAAUCUAAGUUCAUACAAAAGAAUGCAUCAAGUAGCUGGAUCAAGAUCAAAGAAAUGGAGAAGACAGGAAGUUAAUUUUGUAAGGGAUUAAAGUUGGGUUACAUUACUAAAUGAGGUAACUUGUGAACAUCAUUGGCAGUGAUGUUCUUAAGACAUUAAGUAGUUUUUCAGUUAGAAGGUCUUCUGAUCAUGAAAAACCGGUUUAAAAUGUACAGAAUGAUGCAUUAAAAGUAAUCCACAAAAAUUCUUAAAAAUAGACUUGUUGGCAAGACACAAAAAGGUUCAGAUUGCCAAAGUUCUUCACUUGAGACUCUAACUUGUCAUUCUAUCAGGAAGAUAUGGAUGUUAGAGAAAUUCGUAUGUACAUGUAACAUUUGAAUGUAAAAGGCUUUUUACAUUUAAGCUUAAAAUGUUAAAUUCUGAUUUAAGAAUCCUGUUGCUAUAAACACAGGCUUAACACUUAAAUAUUAAUAUGAAAAUAGUGCUAUUUUAAAAAUGUAUUUUAAACUUUAAAAUAAACUAUGGACAAGACACAGUUGGUUCAAAAGAUCAACAUUCUUUAACUGCAGUGACUCCUUUUCCCACUUUUUAAAAAAGGGAAAAACUUUUCCCCACUCUGUUCCUGCUACUUGUCAGUUAUAAUAGAAGUGAUUUAAGUUUUUACUUGGGGGGGGUGGUUUUUGUUUUGCUGGGUUUUUCUUCACAUUUCCCUAUUCACUGAUAGUUUUCUGAAGUCAAAGCCUUGCACUUUAAAUAAUAUUUAUAUGUCACCUUUGUGACCAUUUAGCUAUCAUUUCUUAAUCCCUUUACAUGCAGACAGAAACUACCAUAUUUCAUGCAACUGUGACAUCCUUUCAUACCAGAGAAUUUUGCUUUAGAUUAUAUACAUAAACCAUCUGCAACACUUCCAUGACAUUUGAAAAAGUUACAGUAGUAAAAAUUCACCAUAAUUAUGCAGUCUUAUGAUAACCAAAAAGAAAAAUACUUAUUUUUCACC